CUUGCUGCUUGCCGUAUGCUAUGCUCACUGCAAUCUGUGCUGGUGAGGCCGAAGGAGCUGCAGCUUUAGUAUUAAACCAGGCCUUCGAAACGCUUAUGACGCUCGCCACCAAAAAAACAAGAGGUAAGUCUUAGCCUACUUGGAUGUGCGAUUUAAAUAAAAUAUAUAUUAUGUAGUCGCGCCGCUUUAGAAGAUCUCGAUCCGCGAUGGUUAAAUGCGCGGUCGAUUUCGAAAAGCGGCAUGUUUGCGGAAGUGACCGUGCGGUCCAUGUUUAGCCGCCCCUGUUAUUUGCCUUUACAUGUCAUGUGUGUUUUCGAAGUAUAUAUUUCACUCUCAUGUGCAUUUUGUCGACACGGUAAACGUGUGGAAAAGUUGAAGAUGCUGUUUGGGUUGGCCGUAAACGAGGCGAAGUUGACUAGCCAGCGGACCCGUUUGAAAAAUCAAAAUGGCUUCCAUCUUUGUCGUCUCAGCAGAGAGGUUUAUACCUUUGUUUCCCCGUCUCGCAUGUCAGGGAGUCUUAGCGCACUUUUGACCACGUCAGUGCGGUGGGGGAGGGGAAGUGAGUCUGUCUGGGUGGAGCCUGUAUGAUACGUUCACUGUGGAUGAAUUACCCAUUGCCCCCUUCGCUUGCUGGGAUGUCACCCAUGCUUCAGGUAGGCAAACCACCAUGCCAUUAAUAUAUCUGGUUAACAAUGUGGUUAUGGGUUUAAAGUUCUUGUGUGUGAUCUUGGUAACUGUCAAGCAAAUCAUCUCCAUUAUGUUAAGUCAUCCCUCUUAACAUGAAAUGACUUUGCAAUUUAUGUGGUGGAUUUUUGUGUGUGCUUGCACUCAAUGAAUUUGUUGGUUUGCUUGUUUUGCAUAGAGUUUGAUGUGUAAAAUGUAACUCAUUACCAUUGUUUAGCUUUCGUCUUAUGUCUUCCCCACCUCUCACCUACCCACCAGUAUUUGACAAAAGUAGCUGAUCAGAGCUCCCUGUGCCCCCUCCCUUCUCCUCCCUACAUACAUACACACAUGCUCACAAACACUCAGUCGGUCAAGAGCUGGUGUGAUGACAGAUAAUGUGCUUUGUCAUGCUGGUUGGUGUCAUGUGUUUUUCCUAUACUGGAUGCAUGUUUGUUACUUUUAGGCUCCUGUAACCCUGGUUGGCUGGCCACGGAGACAGGGACUCCUCGUCUCAGUACUGUGGCUCUCCACAUUAGACUUUCUGUUUGGGGCUAAACAUGUUCUCCAAGGGCACCAAGCGUAAAUUUUCCGAUGGUGGUGAAGAGAUUUCCGAAGAAGGCCUGGUAGGUGCCAGGGUGGCAUCCUCAUACAGCUUGCAGCGGCAGUCGCUGCUGGACAUGUCCCUCAUUAAGCUGCAGUUAUGCCACAUGCUGGUGGAGCCCAACCUCUGCCGCUCGGUUCUCAUUGCCAACACGGUCAGGCAGAUUCAGGAGGAGAUGACCCAUGAUGGCAGCUGGCAUAUGGUCACUGAAGCAUUCUGCAAUGCAGGCCAGAGCCCCUCUGAGCGUUUGGUGGCCACUGAGGUCCUUUGCAGGUCACGGGAGCAGGAUGCAGAACCUAAGGUCUUUUCUGUCAUCAGCUACGAAGGUUGCCGUGAAGAGGAGGUGGUAGCUGAUGAAACACUGUGCUCCGUUUCAGUUAGAGAUACUGUUUCUAAUGUCUACCUGGCAGGGCGUAUGGGCCAGUGCUGGGAGAAGAAUGAGCUCAGUGGCAUAGAGAGGGAUGAAGAGGUCCUUGAAGACUCUAGACUUGGUUCAGGAGAAGAUGAGGAGAUCGACACAGAGGAUGAGGCUUCCACUGAGGGUCCAAAGACCAUUGGACAAGUUUUUGGGACAUUUGAAAUAAAAAACGGUUCACCGGGUCCAGACUCUGCUCUUGAGGAGCUUUUUUCCGAUGUAGACACCUCCUACUAUGAUCUGGACACCAUGCUGACUGGCAUGCAGAGUGCACCCAAGAUGGGCCCUUAUGACCUCCUUGACAGCUUGGGACCUUCACAUGGUUCCCCUUCCAUAGUGUCAACACCGAACUGUCGUUCUGAUCUCAAUGAACUGGAUCACAUCAUGGAAAUCAUUGUGGGUUCUUAGGUUAGACCUUAUUCAGAGACUUACACGCUUGUCUUAAUGUUAAUGGCUUUUCUGUUCCUUAUGGAAUGCAAGUAAAGUCUGGAGUCCUUUCAGGGAAAAGAGUUGAUGUCUUGUGAAGGAUGGCCUUGAUUUUAUGAGCUGACCAUAGUCAUAUUAUUUGCAUACCCUUUGUAUGUUUUAAUAAUUUUUUUCUGUAUUUGUCUGUCCAGACAUGGUGUUUUUUUUUAUUUAUUUGUUAUACUCAUGACACUACAGAGAGCAGAACAAGAUGUAUACAAACAUUGUAAAGCUUGGGAUAUUUUCAUAAGACGACAAAAGAUUGUCUAAAAUGUGUACAUAAAUAUAUAUUUUUUACAAUAGAUUCUUCUUGUAAUAUGUUACUGUACAUUAUGUACAUGUUCUGCAGAUUGAUUUUAAACGAAGAGAUUAGAUUCUUAUGUGCAACAACUCAACUUUUCUGUUUAUCAAAAUCCAUAAACUGAAGGAACUUAAUUCAAUACAACAGUAUGCAAAAAAGCACCAAAUAUACAUACAAUGAUGCAUGUUUUACAUUUAUGUGCUUGUUUGCACAAAGUAUUUUUUUUCUUCUCAAGGUUUGUUUGCAGUUGGCUGUCAAUCAGCUCAGCCGUAGGUUUUGUUUGUUGUUAGACAUCAACGUUCUUAUAUUUUGUCUAAUCAACAAAUUAAGUAUAAUGGGGCCAACCCAUUCUAUAUUGUGACUUAAUUUAUUUAAUUUAUUUACUGCAAAUGGUGAGUAUUGGCUGUGGUCAAACUCAGGGUGGCUUUUUAACUCUAGGGGACUGAUUGACCAAAGCCUUUUGCUCAUAGUAAAUCGGUCACAGAAUUAGUGCUUUGUAAGUUGAUUUGCACCAAUCAUUGGUUUAAGUAUUGAUUUUAAGCAAGUUGACUGUUUUAAUAUGGGUGAAUGGCUUAAGUAUGUCUGUCUAUUAGUCCUCUAGACCCCUCAUAAUGAGAAGACAUUUGUCUAGUUCUAUGCAUUGAGUGUCAUAACACUUUAUGUAUGAAGUGUUUAAAAUGCAUUUAGUACAGUAUUCUUUUUUUAUACUUCAGAAUCAGUCAACAAGAGAUGGUUUUAUUUUACCCAACAUUUUCCCGUUGUUACAUAUAUUAUUUGGUUUUGCCUAAAGUAAAGUUUUGCAUAAACUAUGUUUGUGCAAAUUAUAGGUUAUUACAUUUUGAUAAUUGUGUUCUUCUACAUUGUGUCUCACUUAAAUUCUAAGAGGAUUUUUUUUAUUGUAUGAUCUUAAACUAGUAUAGAGUAUACACAUUUUAUAUGAGCAUUGUAGCUUUUUUAACGUUUUUUAAUAAAAGGUACAUCUUAUGAAAACAA